GAGCGGCUUAGUGAGCAGGUGAGCAACUGAGCAGUGACCUUUUUGAAUGCACUCAUUUUAUAAACAUAGCUUUAGGAUCUGUGUUAUUAUAUUUAACAAAGACGACAUAUUAAUUAACCAAAAUAUUUAAACGUUUGAUCUUUUCUUCAUCGAGGUACCAUAAACAUGGCUCUACGUACAUAUGGUGAUAAACCGAUAAGUUUCCAAGUAGAAGAAAAUGGAGAAUAUUAUUGUAUUGGAUCCGAAGUGGGCAAUUACUUACGCCUAUUUCGAGGAUCAUUGUAUAAACGUUACCCUGGAAUGUUUAGGAGAUCCAUCACAAAUGAUGAACGUAAAAAGCUAGUAGAACUUGGAUUGAGCCAACAUGUACUUGCAUCAAGUGUUUCUCUUUUAAGAGCUAGUGAAGUGGAAGAUAUUAUUGAAGGCAAUGAUGAUAAAUAUAAAGCUGUAUCGGUGCAUUCAACAGAACCUCCAGCCCCGAGAGAAGGAAAAUCAAAGAAAUCAAUGCCUUGGGUGCCUAGUUUACCAAAUAGUUCACAUCUAGAUGCUGUGCCUCAAGCUACACCAAUUAAUCGUAACAGAGUACAUAAUAAAAAAGUCAGAACAUUUCCCCUGUGUUUUGACGAUACAGAUCCAUCAGCAAAUUUGGAAAAUGCAGCUCAACAAGAGAUGUUGGUUCCAAUACGGUUAGAUAUGGAAAUUGAAGGUCAAAAAUUAAGAGAUACUUUUACAUGGAAUAAAAAUGAAAGUCUUAUAACACCAGAACAAUUUGCUGAGGUAUUAUGUGAUGAUUUAGAUUUAAAUCCUUUAACCUUUGUACCAGCAAUUGCACAAGCUAUAAGACAACAAAUAGAAGCUUUUCCACAAGAAACAAUUUUAGAGGAUCAGUGUGAUCAAAGAGUUAUUAUUAAGUUAAAUAUACACGUGGGUAAUACAUCUUUAGUAGAUCAAGUGGAAUGGGAUAUGUCUGAAAAAGAAAAUAAUCCUGAAAAAUUUGCAAUGAAACUUUGUGCCGAGUUAGGCCUUGGUGGAGAGUUUGUUACUGCCAUUGCUUAUAGUGUUCGUGGACAAUUAUCAUGGCACCAAAGGACAUAUGCAUUUUCCGAAGCCCCUUUGCCGACAGUGGAAGUACCUUUUAGGCCACCUUCGGAAGCCGAUCAAUGGGCACCGUUUUUGGAAACGUUAACAGACGCAGAAAUGGAAAAGAAAAUACGCGAUCAAGAUCGAAAUACGCGACGUAUGAGACGUUUAGCAAAUACUACACCUGGAUGGUAAAACAUGUAAAUCGAAAUGGUAAAUUAAAAUUGUAACAAUGAAUAACAGAAUAUGACAUUCUUUAUAUGAUUGACUAGGUUUACUUCACUUUGUCCAUUUUUAAACUUUUUUAAACUAUAAAUAUAACAAAACUUUUGUGUUAAAAUUGAUGUAUGGUGUACCAUUCAGAAAUUUGUCUUAUCUCCCUAUAGCACUCUCUGUUCUCAUGUUCAUCCUCACACAUGUCUAUGUUCACUGAACUGUUACAUAACAAAAAAUAAAAACAUUCCUGAUAGUACAUCUUAUAUCAACCGUUCAUAAAAUGUAAGUCUUUAUCAUGAAUAGCAAAAUGAAAUAUUCACAAUGGUGAUCAAAAAUUAAAAAUGUUUUACCCAAUAAUAGAUUGACCUAGAAUAUUUUCAUCAGUUAUUAUAAACUUUAAUACAAUAUUUCCUAUAUGAGUAAAUAAAUGAUAUUUUAAUUUGA